AAUGUUAUCUCUUUGGCAAAGCAAAAAUGAGAGAGCAGAGUCAGCAGCAAUCGGACCCGGAUCCCUGGAGCCGUUGUUGAAGCUUUGAUAUUACCCGCCUGCAAUUUACAGAAGCAGAAAUGGUGAUUACCAACUUUAAUGGAGCCGGGGUUGGAUUUGGAUUCGGCGUUGGCUGCGGUUUUGGGGUUGGAUGGGGUUUUGGAGGCACACCUUUGAAUAUCUUGGGUCUUGGUGUAGGUGGAGGCUGUGGUGUUGGACUGGGUCUUGGAUGGGGCUUUGGCACUGCAUAUGGUAGUCAGUAUCAUUCAUCUGGGGUCACAUUUCACGGUAUAGAGGUCGGCAAAAAGGAUCACGAACAGAAAAACAAUCAGGACGUUCAUGCUUCGCAAUAGCCUCAACUAAGCUAAUUUUGCAGUAGGUGACCGAGUUCAUAACCUCAGCUCCGUGAAUGUUGCAUUUUUGUGACUGAAAUGAUAAUGUCAGCACCCCUGAAGUUGCAGUUUUAAUGUCAGCACAAGCCACUGUGACUUCGAAGAUUGUCAACUAGCAUGUAUUUAGUCCAAUUUGCACUCGGUUUGUCCAUGUAGAGAAAGAAUAAAGCUGGAGAACGGAGAUUCUCUUGGUGUUCAGUAUUCAUUUGAUUUAUAGAGAGAGAUCUCAAGUAAAAUUUAUUUCCAUCAUAA